AUAUAAAUCCACCCUUUAAUAAUCAUUUGAAUUGAUGAAUUUUUUUUUAAAUAUUACGAUUUAUAAAUUCUAAUAUAUAUCAAUGAAAUGUUGAGACCAAAAACAUUGACACAAAUCCUAAAUCAAGCCAACACUGCUGGUAUUUCUGCUACGUUAUUGUUCAACAAAGAUGGCCGUUUAUUAGCUUAUUCUGGUUAUGGUGAUAAAGAUGUUCGAAUGAUUGCUGCAAUAGCUAGCGGAAUUUGGGCUUCAUAUAGUAAUUAUGGCCGUAAUCAUCUGGCUUCAAGUCAAUUAUCCUAUGUAUACAUUGAAGCUGAACAUGGUAUUGCUUUGAUAGCUGCCGUAGCCGAUGUUCUUCUUUGUUUGUAUUCACGUGAUUCUCCUGUCAAUGUUGAUAUUGGAACAUUGAAACAAAAAAUGAAAGCUUUAGCUGAUCAUCUGGAGGCACCAUUAUCACAAUUAUCUGGAAUAUAAUUGAUCAAUUUUUUUUCUGUUCGAUAGAUAAAGAAUUUUUUUAUUAUUAUUAAAACAAACUGGCAA